GUGUGUUUUGGAUUUACUGCCUGUUUAUUGUAUUACCCCUCUCCCUAUUGGACUUUGUUUGCCUUUCUGGACUGCCUAUCUGUGUACCGAUCCCUUGCCUGCCUUUGUUUUUGCUCUUUGUUUUGUUACUUUAUUUUUACUAUUUAUUUGCCUUAUUAAACUGCACAUGGAUGUUAACACUACUGCCCCGGCGUCUUCGCUACACAUUCAAUAGCAAAUGAAUGCAAACCAUUUUGAUCCGCAAGGCUUACUCAAUGCAUUUUGUGACAAAGCCAUUAUAAAUGACUAUAGUCAUGUGAACAAAUGACAUAAUGUUCAUAUAGUUAGUCAUAUAGUUUGACGAAGUUUAAUUGUGCCAAAGCGAUUGAGAAAAACUAAUUAAAAUUAUGUUUCAACAAUAAUUUUUAAAAUAAAUGGUCUUUAAGUAAAUCAGUUUUUUAUAUUAUACCAUAUUAUUUUAUAUUAUACCAAAUUAUGUGAAAUUAUAUUAUAUAGUUAAUUUUUUGAGAAAUGCGCGUCUCUUUUCUGUGAAGGACUGUAAGUCACGCCCCCACGGCGUAGGUAGCCUUCUGAUUGGUGCAUAUACAUAAGGGUGUGCCUUUACAGAAUGUCAAUCAUUUUCAUAGGCUUCAGUGACGCUAGGCUGUAAACUGUUGCUGUUGAUACAGUAUCAGUGCGGCUUCAGGUGCGUUGGAGGUUGUGAGUGAAUUUACUGCGUCCUAAAUCUGCUCGCGGGAGAAACGCGUGCAGGUGUGCGCUGACAGAGAGCAUCAUGUUCAAACGUUCACGGUGAUUCGACCCAUGAUUCCACACCAGGUCGCCCCAUGCCAGCCCAUAACCAUGACGACCACUCUCCCCAGUGAGCACCUCCAUCACUUGGCGAACGUUUGACUGGAUGCGUAACCCCGCCUCCGGUGAUGUCAUGCACAGGUUUGAGGUUCUUGGGAUUGUCGGGGAAGGAGCUUACGGUGUUGUCCUGAAGUGCAGACACAAGGAGACAAAUGAAAUCGUGGCCAUUAAAAAGUUCAAGGACAGUGAGGAAAAUGAGGAGGUGAAGGAGACGACCAUGCGGGAGCUGAAGAUGCUCCGUACGCUCAAGCAGGAAAACAUCGUAGAGCUGAAGGAGGCGUUUCGGCGGCGGGGGAAACUCUACCUCGUCUUUGAGUAUGUCGAGAAGAACAUGUUAGAGCUGUUGGAGGACAUGCCCAAUGGCGCUCCACCUGACAAGGUUCGGAACUACAUCUAUCAGCUGAUCAAAGCCAUUCACUGGUGCCAUAAGAAUGACAUCGUCCACAGAGAUAUCAAGCCAGAGAAUCUCCUCAUCAGUUCUGAUGAUGUGCUCAAACUGUGUGACUUUGGUUUUGCUCGGAAUCUCUCGGAGAGCAUUGAUGCAAAUUACACUGAGUACGUGGCGACCAGAUGGUACCGUUCACCAGAACUGCUGCUGGGGGCUCCGUACGGUAAAGCGGUGGACAUGUGGUCAGUCGGGUGUAUUCUGGGAGAGUUGAGUGACGGUCAGCCUUUAUUUCCGGGUGAGAGCGAGAUCGACCAGCUCUUCACUAUCCAGAAGGUUUUAGGACCACUGCCACCUGAACAGAUGAAACUAUUCUACAAUAAUCCGCGAUUUCAUGGGCUACGGUUUCCCUCAGUAAGUCAUCCCCAGACUCUGGAGAGGAGAUAUCUUGGAAUCAUCAGCCCUGUCUUGCUUGACCUCAUGAAGAACCUGUUAUUGUUAAAUCCGAAUGAACGCUUCCUGACAGAGCAGAGUCUGAAUCACCACGCCUUCCAGACCAAGCGCCUGACGGAGCGACCCGGCCCGCUUACACCCACACCUGUCCGCUCCUCCAAAAGAAAACCUCUUAUUGACAACAGCGCCCCCAGCAGGGGCCAUGGGGUAAAGAGUUCAGGUCACCAUCACUCCAGUAGUCGCGACUGCUCCAGUCUGCCUCGCCAUGGUCACGAAGACCUUCAUCCGCCCAGCACCGAGGCAUUCUUGAAUGGGUCUGUACUGAGCGCCAACAGCCUGAGUCCAGUUAUGCAUCCCAAAUCCUUUCAACCACUCAACCGCUCUGCAUCAUGCGGUAAAGACCUGGCGACCCUGCAACAUGCCAAGGAGGCCAAAUCUAAAGUCAGCGACUUUGACUUUGGAAAGCCAACGGAUGGCCCUGGACCGAAAUACCUGAAAUCAAACACACCUCGUUCCCAAAACCGCCACUCCUUCGUGGAGGGCAAGACUAGUACGUUGACAGGUGACAAGGAGAAACACAGUCGUCACGGUUAUGGCGACUCAUCUGCGACAUCGUCCUCAGGUGGGAAGGGGUCGUCGUACCUGAGUAUGUCGAAAAGUCACGGCAUGCUCAGUGACACUAAAUCCGUGAGCAACCUCAGCGACAUGCGCCUGCAUCCUGACGAAACUGGUGGAUCACCGCGAUACUUCCCCAGCAGUUGCCUAGACCUCAACAUGAACUUGAACUUGCCGACGCCAGGCAGUCCAUCGCUACAACACAGCGACCGCUCCGGCCUCAGUCCUGCCGUGGGGCGUCGCAGUAAACUGGAGCGUGAUGGAAGUGCAGUGGAGUCAUCUGUCCGCCGAUCCUCGACGCGGCAAAAGAGCCAACAGCAAAAUGACGGUAAUGCAACUGAUGGGCUUGACCCUGGAGGUGGAGGAGGUAUUUCUAUCUCGUCGCCCCAUGAGUUCCCCUACAUCGUGGGCUACACCAGCCCGUUCUCCUCCCAACAGCGGCCGCACAGACAUUCUAUGUAUGUGAAGCGGGAACGGGGGCGACCCCACGGAGGUGAGGGGGGUGGGUUAACAGUAGGACAGGGGAUGUCCACCAGGGCCAGCAGUCUGCAACUCUUGACACCUCAGUUGCAGCAUCGGACUUUGCCAAGACAACUGGGCAGCUCUGUUUCACGGGAUGCGGGAUUAGACGACAUCAGGAGCGACCCCACGGCCGCUGAGGUCAGCCACACUCAACCUUUAAUCCGGGAGUCCACACGGGAAAACACAGCUGCCUUUCACACACCACGGCAAAAAAGCGAGGGAGGUGUGUAUCAUGAACAGCUUGUGGAUGACAAUGGAUCAGCCAAAGAGAACCGCAUGAUGUACAGCGAAUCUGUUCCACGCCGUGUCGGGAGCUUCUACAGAGUGCCGUCGCCCAGACCUGAUAACUCCUUCCUAGAAAGUUCAGGGGUCACAAUGGACAGCAGCCACAACAUACACCAACAACCCUAUGACCCCUGGGCGGGGUCUGAGCCGCUGGAUAUGGGUCCACCAGAACCGUCCAAAGAGAAGGAGAAACAUGGAUUCUUCAGAUCCAUGAAGAAAAAGAAAAAGAAGACACAAAUUACAGACGCUGGUGACGAGCGAGUUCCUGUCAUGAGGAAACCUCUUUUUCCUCUUUGUCUCUCUCAGAGGAGCUUCACGCACAGCUCCUCUGAGAGAAGACACCCUCUAGUGGCCCCACCAAUGGUGACGAGCGAAGGGCUGGAUCAGUCGUUGAUGCAGAAAUCAUCGCGGUCGCACAGUCAUCAAGGCAGCAGACAUCGCACGCGGAGCAGAGACAGAGAACACAGCCGAGACAGGGAGCAAGGUCGCGACCAAGAUCAGGACCGAGAACGCGACACGGACUGGCCCACCGAGAGAACACCUGACACUCACUCACAGCCUCUCAAGUCUUUGCGGAAACUUCUUCAUCUCACCUCCUCCUCCAACCAGACCUCCACAGACCUACAUUACCCCCUGCCCCCUCAGUCCUCCUCUAAAAGCAGCAGUUUUGUGGAGUCUCGUGGCCACGGUGGCUCCAUGCAGCCCAAAAGCCGCCAGGCUGCAUAUCCGGGCUCCGGGCCCCUGGAGUCCACCUGGCACUCCACCGCUCUGGGUCGGCCCGAGGGAAACCCGUAUUCAGAACAGCUGACCUCCAAAUCAGGUCCCAAUGGCUUCAGUCGUCACUUUCGCUCACGUUUGCCAAACCUGAACGACCUUAAAGAGACUGCGCUGUAAAUCUGACACACAGCGCCCUCUAAUGGACCUUUUCUUCUUAUACAUUAAAGGAAUAGUUCACCCAAAAUGAAAAUUCUAUUAUCAUUUACUCACCCUCAUGUCUUUGCAAACCGGUAUGAUUUUAUUUCUUCUGCGUAACACAAAAGAUGUAAGGUAGACUGUUAGCUUCAGUCACCAUUCACUUUCAUUGCAUCUGUUUUCCUGACAGUGAAAGCGAAUGGUGACUGAAGCUUUCAUUCUGCCUAACAUCUCUGGUUUGGAUGAAAGAAAUGAAAGAGAGUAAAGAUAAUGACAGAAUUUUCAUUUUUGGGUGAAGUUUACCUUUAAGGUUAGGCCUAUAUGUCUCAAUCUUAUUUUUGUUGUUUUUAAGUUUUAAUAUUUAAUAGCACUUCUUAUAUUACUGUAUUUACUGUAUGUACUUUAUUGGGGGUUUUUUGUUAUUGGAAAACUACAGUCUUUAGAAGAAGAUUAUAUAUCUACAUGUACAUGUAAAUAUAUAAAUGUAUAGCACUGUAUGUGCAGGCUUUAGUUUAUACUCUGGUUGUAGUAUAUAUUAUUUGAUUCUGCAUAGUAACUCAUAUUUGGCUAAACAGGUCGAAGGAUUAAUGUAUAGAUGACAGUAUUUACAUUUAUUUUAUAGCUAUAGAAUAAGACUACAUUUUAUUUUAUGACUUAUUUGAGUAAUUUCUGUUUACAAUGCCGUGGAAAUCAGUAGAUAUUAAGAGUAAUUAACAGUAAGAAUGCGUAUGUGCGUGAUUAUAUGUAGGUGUGCUUCCCUGAUAGCGCACAUACGUUGCUGGGAUGUUUGCAAAAGAGUGGAUCAUCUGGAAAGCAUUGCAUUCUGUUUUAAACGUAAUAUUUGUAUCAAUUCUUAAAGGUGCUGUAAGCAGGGGGCCUGGGUAGCUCAGCAAGUAAAGACACUGAAUACCACCCCUCGCGAGUUCGAAUCCAGGUCAUGCUGAGUGACUCCAGCCAGGUCUCCUAAGUAACCAAAUUAGCCCGGUGGCUAGGGAGGGUAGAGUCACAUGGGGUAACCUCCUCGUGGUCGCUAUAAUGUGGUUCUCGCUCUCGGUGGGGCGUGUGGUGAGUUGUGCAUGGAUGCCGUAGAGAAUAGCGUGAAGCCUCCAUAUGCGCUAUAUCUCCACGGUAAUGUGCUCAACAAGCCACGUGAUCAGAUGCGCAGAUUGACGGUCUCAGACGCGGAGGCAACUGAGAUUCGUCCUCCGCCACCCGGAUUGAGUCACUAUGCCACCACGAGGACUUAGAGUGCAUUGGGAAUUGGGCAUUCUAAAUUGGGGAGAAAAGUGAAAUGCAGAAAAUGUUCCAAUUACCUGCUAGAUAUCACUGAAAAAGGUGCCACGAAAUAUCGCACCUGUUGCUGUGACUGACUCUGUAAACAGCGGAAAAAAAUGGAAGCGGUCUUUGGCCAGUAAUGAUGUCCAAUUCGUGAACAAAUUGUUUAAAUGGCUCGAUCGCACCAAUUCACUAAGCUUUGGUAGAUCACCCAACUGUUACCCAGAUAGCAAAAUAGCUUUGGGCCGAAUUUGGCAACAUUUCAGCAGUGAGUUUGGCCCACAUACCAUGUGGAAUUACGGUCUAAGAUUGGCCCAAAAGUCACUUGCCGAAACUAAACCAGACUCGCAACAGAAAACUCGACCACAACAUUCCUGUGUCCCAUUUUCCCAGAAAGCAGCCGUUAUUGGGCCACAACUACACCAGAAUGCUCCGAUGUCAGCUAGAUAACAGCCUUAACAUUACCUAGCCCCGUAUAGAAUGUAAUAUUGUUUAUAUUUGAUCAAAUAAGUGGAAAAAAAGACAGAAAAGAAAACUGAAAAGGGAACAAUGUUGCUAACAAAGUUGGAAAAAUUGAUAUGAUUUAUAAUUAUACAGUAUAGUAAUAAACACUAUAUAAUCAAUAUUGGCAGCACUAUUGUUAGUGAUGUUCUUAAAAAUUGCUGUUAACAGUAAUGUUGGAACAAUAAACAACAUUCGUCGAUAUCUGAAUAACCUAAUAGUGAAAAUACUGUGAAAAACAGCAAUUUUAAUAAAAACAUUUUUUAAAGUUAAAUGCUGCGUGGGGACUUCAAAGCACACUUGAGUGAUGACUCAGUUGUGAAUUGAUUUUUGAGCCGGUUAAAUUAAACGAACCAGCCUAAUGAACCAAUUUGCUAAAAUGAGUGUCCAGAUUCACUGUUUAGCCAAUCAGACAACUGUGAGGCGCUUUCUGUCUGUUAGAGGGAUAGUUCAAAAAUCAUAAUUCUCUCAUCAUUUACUCGCCCUCAUGUGAUGUGUAUGACUUUCUUUCUUCUGCUGAGCACAAACGAAGAAUUUUAGAAGAAUAUUUAAGCGCUGUAGGUCCAUACAAUGCAAGUGGAUGGUGAUUAGCACUUUAAAGCUCCAAAAAGCACAGACAACUGUAGUAAAAGCAAUCCAUACUCCAGUGGUUAAAUUAAUGUCUUCUAAAGUGAUACGAUCGCUUUGGGUGAGAAACUAUGGAGCUAGUUUAAUGACAAAAAGAUUUGAAUUUGAAUUUUGUAAAUUUGAAUUUUAGACGUGGCAUUUAACAAAAUUGAAUUGUUUUUGUGCCGUAUUUUAUAGAUUUGUAUUUUUAAACAGGAGAUUUUGUGUUCUUUUUUUUAAAGUGAAAUUAGAUGUAAAUAUUCAGAUUAUAAAAUGACAGCUGAAGAAGUAAUUCAAUAUUCAAUAUCGAAUUCAAUAUUAUAAAAUUUUAAACGCAGAAAUUCAGAUCUUACAGAAAGUAGGCCAGAGGUCAAGCUUUCGGGUUCCACAGGGAAAAGUAGAGGGAUUCAGAAAAGUUGAACGGAGCAUUUUGGCCAAUAAUAAAAAGGCACUAGUUUAAUUUUAUUUUUUUAUCUCCCUUUUCUCCCAAUUUGGAAUGCCCAGUUCCCACUACUUAGUAGGUCCUCAUGGUGGCGCGGUUACUCACCUCAAUCCGGGUGGCGGAGGACAAGUCCCAGUUGCCUCCGCUUCUGAGACAGUCAAUCCGCGCAUCUUAUCACGUGACUCGCUGUGCAUGACACUGCGGAGACUCACAGCAUGUGGAGGCUCAUGCUACUCUCCACGAUCCACGCACAACUUACCACUCGCCCCAUUGAGAGCGAGAACCACUAGUGAGGAGGUUACCCCAUGUGACUCUACCCUCCCUAGCAACCGGGCCAAUUUGGUUGCUUAGGAGACCUGGCUGGAGUCACUCAGCACACCCUGGAUUUGAACUCGCGACUCCAGGGGUGAUAGUCAGCGUCAGUACUCACUGAGCUACCCAGGCCCUAUUUUAUGCCUCCUUAAUAUUUUUCAUUCUUGUUUUUUAUCUGCCAGAAUGACGGUCAGCAUUUGCAUUUAUCCGUCAAUGUUUUAACAAAGAGCUCUGUUUUCUAUGCUGUGUUUGAAAUAACAUCUGCUUGCGAUCUCAUGUGGAUCUUCAUCACAUAAUGAGGCAGAAAUAUAUUAUUUAUAGCUUUACAUGCAAUGCUAAAUGCUACGCAUGCUAACCAUUUCUUUAAUAUACUUUAUUCGAAUAAAAAUACCAGAGACCGCUUAAAGAACAUAAAUAAAUGUCUCACGCGAGGAGAACGCUAACCUAAUAUUUUAAUAUAAUUUAUUUAAAUAUACAAUUUUCGAUUUACUUACCUCUGUGCGGUCUAUCUUCUCUGUUAGCCUCGAAUGGCGACCUCUGCAGCCUCAACCGCGCCAGAAACCUGUAGUAGCUCUGUGAUUGGCUAAAAUGCUCCGUUCAACGUUUCUGAAACCCUCUACUUUUCCCUGUGGAACCCAGAAGCUUGACCUCUGGCCUACUCUCUGUAAGAUCUGAAUAUUUACAGCUAAUUUCACCUCUAAAACAUUAAAAAUACAAAAUCUAUAAAAAACGCUACAAAAACAGCUACAUUUUGUUAAAUGCCACAUAUCUAAAAUUCAAAUCUUCUUGUCAUUAAUCUAGCUCUAUAAGAAACAGAUCAAUAUAAAAGCUCUUUUCACUAUUAUUGUUUACUUCCUGUCGCUCUCAGAUGCAUGUCCACAACGGGACUCGGUUCCCUCUGCCUCCCGCGUGACGUAAGCACGCUGGCAUGUUCAAAUGAAAGCAAAACCAGUGAAGGUUGUGAACAGUGUUCUCUUGUAAACAAAUCGAGCUGCACUUCCGGUUGUAUCUUGUCAGUUCUCUUGUGAACAUGCCAGCGUGCUUACGUUACGCUAGAGGCGGAGGGAACCGAAUCCCGUUGUGGACAGGCAUCAGAGAGCGACCGGAAGUAAACAAUUAUAGUGAAAAGGACUUAAAUAUUGAUCUGUUACUCAUCCAAAUCAAUCAUAGCGCUUUACAAGACAUUAAUUUAACCACUGGAGACGUAUGGAUUACUUUUACAAUGUUUGUUUGUGCUUUUUGGAGCUUUAAAGUUCUGGUCACCAUUCACUUGCAUUGUAUAGACCUACAGAGCUGAGAUAUUCUUCUAAAAAUCUUCAUUUGUGUUCAGAAGAAGAAAGUAAGUCCUACACAUCUGGGAUGGCAUGAGGAUGAGUAAAUGAUGAGAGAAUUUUUAUUUUUGGGUGAACUAUCCCUUUAAACAUUCACAUCAGUUUGUGGUGAGGGAAUGCUAAUGUUUUGCUAUUUUACUACCGUUGCUUUUCAAAACUAACGUUCUAGUAAAGGUCAGUGUAACUGUUUGAGUUUGCUGACAUCAAAUUGCAUAUUUACUUUAUUUUCUUACCUGUGACAUUGAAAAUCAUUCAUCCAUCUGUGAUGAUAACGGUCUGCAAGCGUCCCUGUGUGCGUGUCUUUGUAGGGUGGGGUUUUGGAAGGAGGGGCGUGUCUAAUCCAGUUCCAGAACGGCUGACAUCACUUGCAGCACUUAUAAACAUUGCCAAACAUCCUAUUCCAAAUGAGUAAACACUCUAAAAACUGCAUUGUCCACUUUGUAUAGACAUCUCAAAUGCGCUAUCUGGGGUUUGUGUGGGUCUUGUGGGGGUUUGUUAGUCUUUAAAAAUCACAGCCAGUGAAAUUUCUCAAGCCUUAGAAAUGAACAUUUAAGACAAAACUUUUACCCAUACCAAAACAGACUAAAUUGUAUGAAAUGUUAUGGCUCCACUUGCUGGCCAUCAAUAUAUCCAUUGCAAAAAAAAAACUUUUUUUUAAUUUUUAAAGCAAAAUUAAUUUUUACAAAAUACACGUUUUCUGAUCCCUCAGGUUUAAAGUUCUUUGAACAUUGCAAAUACAAUUUUAAAUGCAAUAUCUAGAUAUCAGAUGCAGAGGCUAUGUAGAUUGUUAAAUGUUUAUAUUUAGGGAAAUAGAGCCAAUGUACGUACAAAAGGAAGAGAAAUAAUAAUUUAUCAACUUUAUGCAAUAUGUAAUUUAACAUUCGGAGAUAAUCCUUCUAAAUGCAGAACAUAUGUCAGUACACAAGAUGUCAAACGCCAUGAUUUCCUAGAAAAAUCUGCAGCUGCAGGAAACGUCAAUUGCAAAUAAUAUGCAUCACAUUGCUAUGAGGCUUUUAUUAUAGAUAUACAACAAAUUAUCCUCUAAUCAUCUAGAUUACUGAAAAUAUUGAUCAUAAACCUGAUUAAAUAGGUGAAUUAGCCACUAAUCCACUCCUCCAUCACUGUUGUCCAUGUGUAAAUCAGUUAUGCGAAAGCAAAAGAGCUGAUGAAAUCUAAUUAAAUAUACAUUUCUCUCCAAACAUUUCAUGUCAAAGGAAUCAGUUUUGAGUUAAAGGUUUUGAGCCAAAAGUCCAAUAACUCAAAUACGUGUUUUCAUUAUUAAUGUCUACAAAAGGUCAACAUGUGUUUAAUAAACUGUAUCUUCUUUCCUGCGCAAUAAUAGUGAAAAUGUUUCAUAGGUUUUUGUAUUUUCAGUCAUUUUUGUAAUCUUUCUUUGUGCCUAAACAGUAAUUGAUAAAAAUGAAUCUAUCCUAAAAAAUAUUUACUGGAGGAAAAGGUGUGACAACUAACCCCGGCCACAACUAUUCUUCAAACUGAGAAGAGCUGAUGUUGUU